CCGGGACGUGGGAGGAGCCGCGGGAGAAAGUGGAGGCGGAAGUGGCCGCUAGGAGACUGGCUCACACGCCCUGGGAGUCAGUCACUUGUCAGCGCUGACCCGCGCCUGAGACAGCGCAGCUCCUGCCCGUAGGUGCUUUUAUUACCUGCAAGUGGACUUUGAACUGCAAGAGCCAUGAGCAACUACAGUGUAUCCUUGGUUGGCCCAGCUCCUUGGGGCUUUCGACUUCAAGGUGGCAAGGACUUCAACAUGCCUUUGACCAUCUCUAGUCUAAAGGAUGGUGGUAAAGCAUCUCAAGCCCAUGUGAGAAUAGGAGAUGUGGUUCUCAGCAUUGAUGGGAUAAGUGCUCAGGGAAUGACACAUCUUGAAGCCCAGAACAAGAUUAAGGCAUGUACAGGAUCCUUGAACAUGACUCUGCAAAGAGCAUCUACUACAACGAAGCCUGAACCUGUUUCAGUUCAGAAGGGCGAACCCAAAGAAGUAGUUAAGCCUGUACCCAUUACAUCCUCCGCUGUGCCCAAAGUCACUGCCACAUCCAGCUUGGCCUACAAUAAGGCACCACGGCCUUUUGGGGUUGUAUCAUCUCCAAAAGUCACAUCUAUCCCAUCACCAUCAUCUGCCUUCACCCCAGCCCAUGCGACCUCUUCAUCACAUGCUUCCCCUUCGCCAGUGGCUGCUGUCACGCCUCCCCCAUUUGCUACACCUGGACUGCAUGCUAAUGCCAAACCUAGCGCCGACCAGCCUUUACCUGCCUCGAGCCCUGUUAAACCUGCAGUUAAUGUCCCACGGCAGCCUGCAGCCCCGAGCCCGUAUGCCAGCGACACUGCCCAGGAGCUAGCUGAAGGGCAGAGAAGAGGAUCCCAGGCUGACAAUAAACAGCAAAAUGGGACAACUCCACCUAAACGACCACCAAGGAAGCAUAUUGUGGAACGUAAUACAGAGUUUUACCACAUACCUACUCAUAGUGAUGCAAGUAAAAAGCGAUUGAUCGAGGAUACGGAAGACUGGCAUCCAAGGACAGGAACCACACAGUCCCGUUCUUUCCGAAUCCUGGCUCAGAUCACUGGCACUGAACACUUGAAAGAAUCAGACAAUGAAAAUGCAAAGAAGACAAACAAUAUUCAGGAGCCCUCCCAGCCUGCAGCUUCUGUGUCCUCUGCAAGGAACAUGCCCCAGGGCCCAGAAAGUCCUGUUGCUUCUAGACCUGGAGUAGCCAGCCUCACCACUGCAGCGGCUUUCAAACCUUCAGGAUCCACAAACGUCAUCAAGUCACCAAAUUGGCAGCGUCAAAACCUAGCAGCUCCAUCCACUGGAAGAAUCUCAAACAAUGUUACUCCAUCUGGAGCAACUGCACCAAGCAGCCCAGCCCAGCCUCAGCUAAAUGAACAAGACACUUUUGUGCAGAGGGCUGAACACAUCCCAGCAGGGAAGCGCACUCCGAUGUGUGCGCAGUGCAACCAGGUCAUCAGAGGACCUUUCCUAGUGGCGUUGGGAAAAUCCUGGCAUCCGGAAGAGUUUAACUGUGCCCACUGCAAAAACACCAUGGCUUACAUUGGAUUUGUGGAGGAGAAGGGAGCCCUGUACUGUGAGCUGUGCUAUGAGAAAUUCUUUGCUCCUGAAUGUGUUCGCUGUCAAAGGAAGAUCCUAGGAGAAGUCAUCAAUGCUUUGAAACAGACUUGGCAUGUUUCCUGUUUUGUUUGUGUGGCCUGCAAUAAACCCAUUCGAAACAAUGUUUUCCACUUGGAAGAUGGUGAACCCUACUGUGAAACAGAUUACUAUGCUCUAUUUGGCACCAUAUGCCAUGGAUGUGAAUUUCCCAUAGAGGCUGGUGACCUGUUUCUGGAAGCUCUGGGUCAUACUUGGCAUGAUACGUGCUUUGUGUGUUCAGUGUGUUCUGACAGUUUGGAAGGUCAGACCUUUUUCUCCAAGAAGGAUAAACCACUGUGCAAGAAGCAUGCUCAUUCUAUGAAUUUCUGAAAGGAAACAACAUAAUGAAAAAGAAGGAAAAAAAGUGAAGAGUGAAAAGAAAAUUGAUUGUACAAAUAGUUAAUUUUCCAUAGUGAUUCAUAUCACUUUGAAAAAAUAUGCAGAAAAGAUAAAUGCUAACUUUUUAUACAUUUAUAAGGAAAUAAAGUGGAGAGAGGGAGAUGGCAUAGAAACUAAAGGUUUUUCAAGGCAUAUUCUGCCCGUGAAAUAAAUGUCAGGCCUGUAUUUACUAGCUAAAUAUUGUUCAUCUCGAAAUAACUGGAUAAAGAAACAUUUUUUUGA